GCGAUCAUUCGCUGCUGUUUACGCGGCUUAGCUGCACGACAGUCGUGCUCCGCAAAAAUGACUUCUGUAAUGAGAUUUCUGAGCUCUGUAGUAAAUAUAUUAUGCAUUCCGCUUCACCUGAUUCACGCCGUCGGCCUGUACGGAAUAUACAAGCGUAUUUUCCCAAUUUGUAUAAAUAGGAUGACGAAAUCGUACAAUAAGAAGAUGCACGAUAAAAAGAAGGAUUUGUUUCGCGUUUUGCCAGAGUUCAAGAAGGCUGGCGGGCAGCUCACAAUUUUGGAGAUUGGCUGCGGCGCAGGUGCAAAUUUUGAGUUUUAUCCGCCUGGUAGCAGAUUGAUCUGCACCGACCCGAACCCGCACUUCGAGAAAUAUCUGACAGAAACUAUGGCCAAGAACGAUCACCUGCGAUAUGAGAGAUUUGUGGUGGCGUCGGGGGAGGACCUGAGGGCAGUGGAGGACGACUCGAUAGAUGCCGUUGUCUGUACCCUGGUGCUCUGCUCUGUGGACGACGUGAGCCAAACCCUGCGAGAGGCACACCGCAUACUGCGACCAGGUGGAGCCUUCUUCUUCUUAGAGCACGUAGCUGGUGACACCUCGACUUGGACGUACUUCUUUCAGCACGUUCUCCAGCCUUUGUGGUACUACUUCGGUGACGGAUGUUGGAUCGUCCGGGAAACAUGGAAAUAUGUGGAGGAAGCCGGAUUCUCUGAUCUCAAACUAAGACACAUUGAAGCGCCGCUCUUCUUCAUAAUAAAACCUCACAUCUCAGGCUAUGCUGUCAAAUAAAUUCAAUCUGAUUGUCUUUUUAGGGAGCCCCCCACCACCCCCUUCCAAAA